AUGGCACCGCCACCUUCCACCAUUAAGCGGAAGGCUGAGGAAGCACCGAUUUCACCCCCUCCUAUCAAACGGUCUCUGCAGAGUACCACCACUAAGUCCGCGGUGGCCAAUUUCUUUACUCCAACCUCGCAGAAGCCCAAGGAUCGAACGACUUGGUCUGAACGCGGACCAAGCGACGAUGUUCCUGCCACGUUGCUCGUCGGUCGAUAUGUACCAGAUGCACACGUUUCUGGAAAGAAGCCUAAAAAAAGGAUCGCUGCAUUCGAUUUAGACUCGACAUUGAUCGUGACUAGCUCUGGGAAGAAGCAUGCGGGUGAUGGGAGAGAUUGGAAAUGGUGGCACCCUCACGUUCCUGGCAUUCUCCAAGAAUUGUCCAAGGAGAAGGACUAUCAAGUUGUUAUUUUAUCCAACCAGGGUGGACUUGCGUUGAAUUUUGACCCGUCAUCCAAAGGCCCAAAAGGAAACGCCCAGAAGCGAGUUGCCGAUUUUAAGCAAAAGUGCAGUGCUAUUCUCGCUAGCCUGGACAUCCCAACGACUAUUUACGCCGCGACCGAAAGGGAUGGAUACAGAAAACCCAACACAGAGAUGUGGAAGGAAGUUUGUGAGGACUACGACAUUCCAGAAAACGAGGUGGACCUGAAACACAGCUUCUUCGUAGGAGAUGCGGGCGGCCGAGUUGCUGGUCUCGGCCGUUCUGGUGGUGACGGCGCUGCGUCAAAGGCCAAGGACUUCAGCUGCUCAGAUAGGAAUUUUGCCCACAAUGUAGGAAUCGCUUAUAAAACUCCCGAGGAAUAUUUCUUGGGUGAAAGCCCUAGAGAUUUUGUUCGAGACUUUGACGUGGCAAAGUUCCCAUUUGACGAUGGGGGGACUUUGUCUGAUGGACUUUUUCAUGUCUUCGAGCGGAAGAAUGACAAGGAUGUUGUCUUAUUCUGUGGUCCGCCGGGAGCUGGCAAGAGCACGUUCUUUUGGAGGUAUCUCAAGCCAUUAGGAUACGAGAGAGUCAACCAGGACACUUUAAAAAGCCGGGAUAAAUGUCUUCAGGCCGCCAAGGAGCUAUUGCUCAAGGGGAGCUCUGUCGCUGUUGAUAACACCAAUGCUGAUCCCGAUACGCGGGCAUUGUGGGUAGAGGUAGCGUCCAAAGCAAAGGUUCCUAUCCGAUGCGUUUGGUUCAAGACGCCAUUGUAUAUUUGCGAGCACAAUGAUGCCGUUCGAGCCCACAACAGGUCAUUGAAUCCGGAGGCAAGACCACGCUUACCAAAAUUAGCCUUCACGGGCUUCUCCUCAAGAUAUAAAGCACCCCAAAGCAAGGAGGGAUUUCAAGAUAUAGUAGAAGUAGACUUCAGGUUCAUGGGAACGAAGGAAGAGCAUGCUAGCCCAAAGCAUGGGAUACCUUGGAUCCCCGGCGUCCAGAACGAUACUUUUGGCGAACCCAAGUUUGGGUUGACAAUGCACGACGAUGACUUCAGCGGCUUUCUUGGCAGCGUCCGGUAUAUCUGA